AGUGCGAUGGCCACAUGUUAUCCAGCGUAUGAAUUGUCCUCUCCUCAGAGGACAGUGCAAGUGCCUAUACAGAAAGACUACACGAAACCCCUUCAUGUGGACUGCAGUGUAGAAUACGAAUUACCGAAUACUGCGAAACCGCCGCAGGGAGUUCGAAAUGAGCCCCUUUUGAUGAUCCAUCCUUGUUACUUCAGGAAGAUCGAGAGCCAAAGAAGGAGUCCCUUUAUCAAUAAUCUGCCUCCUUCGAGACCACCUACCACGACCACUACUACUGCCGUCAAGAGGAGAAUGCCCAGGGGCCAACAACUUCCUCAGCAAGUGCCACAACAAGCUGCUCAGUAUCCUGUUCAGUAUUCCACGACAUCAGACAGACAAAUAUGGGAAUUAAUGCCACCUUUAGUGCCAAUUACUUCGGCUGCUCAGCCUUACUGCAAACGAGAACGACUUAUGUCAGCCUGUGGACAAACGUACACAACGGCCAGUGAUUCCGGUCAUUGGCCAGAUCCUGAACAUUCUCCAGAUCGCCCCGAAGAAAAACACAUUCUAUCGGGAAAAUAUAGGCAGUAUUUGAGGGCCCAUAGACUUCAUCCAUACGUUAGUUCGGCGAUUCCCUUGGGAACGACGUUUCCCCAAAUUCAGCAAGUUUGCUAUAAUGUCUGAUCACUGUGAUAUGUUAAUUCCGAUUCGGACUGGUCGAAUGCGGAACCAUUUGCCUCAUCUGUGGUUUCCAUAAUCUUUCUUGUGAUAAUAGUGUGUAAUUAUGUGACGACGAAGGGCACUAAUGGCGCGUGCGCUUUUGUCCGGGCGUGGUAGUGAUCCUGAUAAAUCAGCUGUGUCUGUGCAUUUUAGCCUCCGUCUCCUUCAGGAUUUUUAGUUUUUCUUUGGGAUAUCAUCCACAUGUGACUUGGAGUUGGUUUGUUUACUUUAUGGUAUAAUGAUGUUUUUGCUAUAAAUACUUUCGUGAACACUACCUAACAAUCUAUUCUAAAAGACAAAUCUAUUUUUUUGUGCUAGCAAUAUUUUUUUAAAAUUUCUCUAUACAGAGAAAAAUAUUUUGAAUAUUCAAACCAAAAAAUAUGCUGGAACAUUA